AUGUUCGGAACCCUGCGCUACCUGCCCAAGGACAAGACUGGGGAGUUCCUCGAGCGUGAAUCAGGGGUGGUGGGAAAUACGACAACCAACAAACCUCAACACUCUGCCUGCGAUAAUUGCAGGGUAAAAAAGUGGCCAAAGAGCGGGAUGUUCGCGGUGCAAGACACUUUCCCUCCCCUGCAGCUAUACCCACGGCCCCGUGCGGAAAGGCAAAAGGAAGCCAGCGCCCAGGUCGCAAGAAAAGGACCACAGCUAGACGAGAAUUACGUCGGGCUGGACAAGGCAACGCAGCAGGUCCAAGGGAACCCCGACUCAAUGCUGGACCCAAUGUUGAAGGAAAUCGCGACCUGGUCGAGUUGCCUCGAUUGGUCUCCAGGAAAGGACGGCACCAGCAUGCCGGAAUCCGACUAUGCCGUGACAGGGGAUCUACGCCUCCCCGCAGUCAAUGGGUUCACGUCACUGGAGCUGCUUCCUACUCCUCCGUCGACCUAUGUCCUUGCCGCCUCCGGGAGCACAAACCGAUCAAGUGAGAACGCCUCCGAUUUUGCUAUGGAAGAGCGACCUUCAUGCUCAUGCUUGAACUCGGCCGUCUUCCUCCUGGACGAAUUGGAGACGCCCCACUAUGAUGGGGGCCCCGGCGCGCAGGGCCUUGACUCUAUUCUUUCGAUUUAUCAGGAGGUGCUCUUUCUGUGCAAACGUAUGAUCAACUGCGACGCCUGCCGACGGAAAUCAGGAAGUAUGAUGAUGCUUAUGAUGGUGCUGGAGCGAUUGGCCAUUCUGUGCGGCGAGGUGAUUGAUGCUUUUAUUGCCCAGAGGGAAUUCAACAGGCCGGGGGGCGCGCCCGUCCCCGUCGCCAUGAUGGAGAAGCAGCCGAUGGUUUUGGGCGAGUACGAGAUCGACGGGGAAGACUACGAGGUUAUGAUGGGGAUGCUAAUGACACGGCGGCUGUCGGAAUUGGAGAGCUUGCUAGCUCGCAUAAAGAUGAUCAGCUCCUCCACCUGCCGCGCUCAUCAGCAGGCCAGAAUGGCGCGCGUUGAUCAGCAUGUUAAGAACUUGUUUCAGAAGCUUACUUCCGUCUGCCCUCUGGUCACCCAAUGGAGGACCGAUACAAAUCGGCCAGUGGUCACGGAUGCUGCUUGGAAAGCCAUUUAA